AUGAACAAUGAAGAACAUCAUCCAAAACUUAGCACCCUAGUUUUUAAAAAUUUUAACCAUUCAAUAUUUUUAAAAAAUGAAAUAAGUAGAGAACAUGUUUCGAUACUAAAAACUAAAUUGGUUCUUACUACUAUUUUUAAGGAAUUUCAUUAUAAUUCAAAUUUUAACUAUAACUAUAACUAUAACUAUAACUAUAAACACAUUUUCAUUUUGACAAAUUUGUUAAUUAGUAUAAUACACGUGACUAAGGGAAAAAAGACACCAAUAUUUUACUAACAAUUUUUAUUUUAUUUUUUUUUUUUAAGUAUCAGAAUAAUCUUAAAGAUAAAAAACUGUGGUUGAGAAUAACGAACCUGAUGAAGGCUUUAGAUUAUGCACCACCAAAUUUAACACAAACUGACAAACUUGUCGAGGAUUAUAACGCAGAGGGACAAUUUGAAAACUAAUGGCACCUAAACGAAAUAAAAAAGAAUGCAAGAACUCGUUGAAGAAGGGAUUAUAAUGGCACUUAUUUUUAGUCAAUGAAAAUAAUAUAAUUAAAGAAACGAAUACAAUUUAUAAGAAGUAACAUACUAAAAAUAUUUUAAAUACAAUUUUGAUCAUUACAAUUUAAAAAAUUUGAAUUAAUCUUUUAAUUUAUUUGAAACUUGUUAAUUAAAAAUAAACAUAUCUAUAUUUUCUACCUGAUUAAUAAUGUAAUAAACAAACUCAUACAUUUUACAAGUCAUUUCCCUUUUUGUUAUUAAAAAUUUAAUUCUAUUGCUUUUUUUUUCAUUUUAUUUAAUAUUUAAAUCUCAAAUCUUUCAGCCAAUUUAUGUCACAAAAGAUAAAACAUAAAGCAAGCAUGUAACAAAAUUAUAUAAUAAUAAAAAAAAGAAACGUGCAAUAAAUAAUUUUUUAGUAAAUAUAUGCAAAUAAAUUAUAUAAACUAUAAAGUAACAUAACAUUGCUUGACUAAAGAGAAAUAAAUAUACAUAGCCUAUCUUUUAAUAUUAUAAUAUUUAGAAUAUUAUAAACGAUUGUUUUCUGUUUUCUUUUUCUCUUCUUUCUAAAUCAACAGCUCUCGAAAUAUUUAAGUAUACAACUUUUUUUUUCUCUGUAUACAUAUAUAUCAAUCUCCAAUAUACAACUAAUUGCUAUAGCCAAUUAUAAAAAUAUUAUUCGAGCGCAACAUCUGAACAGAUAUCAAUAUUCUAUUGUCGUAGAAUUUGAUAUAAAAUAUCAAGAAAUACGAAUUAUGGGUUUGUUGAUUUCUAUGUAUUAUAAAAGCACUGUGUGAACUUUUAGUGCAAUCCUUUGCGAUUUUUUAUUAUUUUUCUUUUUUAAUAAAAUGAAAAUAAAAAUUGGAUAUUUAACUACAAUAAUAUUAAUCUUUAUUUUUUUUAUGAUACUAUGAUAUUAAAAAGUAAAAAAAAAAGAAAGAAAUAAAUAAAAAAGAAAAGAAAAAUGUAUUUUUUGUCCAGAACCUGAUAAUAACCAAUGUCUGAUGAAUAUCUAGCAAAUUUUACUAAAAAUUAAUACAUUAUCCAAAAUAUUUCAAAGAAAACUCUCUUCUCUUAAUAAUCUAAUAAUUAAUGCAAAAAAUAAUCAAAUGUAAAGCCACAAAGGAUUCGUUUAAAUAACAUUAUCAGUUGUGCGCAAAUAGUAUCAUUUAGUCAUAAUAAUGAUUCGAAAAUGGGUUACUUCAAAAAAUGUCUUUCAGGAAAAAUUUCAAAACAUUAACGUUUUCUAACAUUGACAAACCAAUCAGUUAAUCUCUUAACGCACCAAUUAAAAAUUAAAAAGCGGUCGUUUUUCCACCAAUUUUUUUAUCCUCUAUUUUCUCAAAAUACAAAAGAACAUUAACAGAUCUUGAAAAAAAAAAAAAAAACA